AUGUCUACGAUGCCUGAAGGUACUCGGGACAACCCAGACCGUCCCCCUCGCGAUGUUAAGAACCACCUGCUCUUCGAAAUCGCAACCGAAGUUGCUCAUCGAGUCGGUGGCAUCUACUCCGUCAUCAAGUCCAAGGCUCCUGUAACCACGGCCGAGUAUGGCGAUCGCUACACGCUCAUCGGCCCAUUGAACCAUCAAUCGGCUGCUGUGGAGGUUGAGGAGCUGGAACCUACCAACCCCGAGCUUGCUGCCACGAUUCAGUCCAUGCGGGACCGUGGCAUUGGCAUUCUCUACGGACGAUGGCUCAUUGACGGCGCUCCCCGAGUGCUUCUCAUCGACACCAAGACUGCGUACGGCUUCUUGGACGAGUGGAAAACCGAUCUUUGGAACGUCGCAAGCAUCCCCUCGCCGCCCAAUGAUGACGAGACCAACGAGGCCGUUGUUUUUGGAUAUCUUGUUGCUUGGUUCCUGGGAGAGUUUGUCUGCCACGAGAAGAAGAGGGCUGUCAUCGCCCAUUUCCACGAAUGGCUCGCCGGCGUGGCUCUCCCUCUGACGAAGAGGAGGCGCAUCGAUGUGACUACAAUCUUCACAACCCACGCAACUCUUUUGGGAAGAUACCUUUGCGCUGGCUCCGUCGACUUCUAUAACAAUCUACAAUGGUUCGACGUUGAUGCCGAAGCCGGAAAGCGAGGCAUCUACCACCGCUACUGCAUUGAGCGAGCCGCUGCCCACGCUUGCGAUGUCUUCACAACGGUUUCCCACAUCACUGCGUACGAAAGCGAGCAUCUGCUCAAGCGGAAACCGGACGGCGUCUUGCCCAACGGACUCAACGUCACCAAGUUCUCGGCCAUGCACGAGUUCCAAAACUUGCACCAACAGGCCAAGGAGAAGAUCCACGACUUCGUGCGCGGUCAUUUCUAUGGGCACUACGAUUUCGAUCCCGAAAACACACUCUACUUCUUCACGGCCGGUCGUUACGAAUUCAGAAACAAGGGAGUCGACAUGUUCAUUGAGUCUCUUGCUCGGUUGAACCACCGGCUCAAGACUGCCGGCAGCAAGAUGACGGUUGUUGCUUUUGUCAUCAUGCCGGCCCAGACCACCUCGCUGACGGUCGAGGCACUAAAGGGCCAGGCCGUCAUCAAGUCUCUGCGAGAUACCGUUGAUGUCAUCGAGAAGGGGAUUGGACGUCGCAUCUUCGAGCGUUCCCUCAAGUGGCACGACGGCGACCCGAUGCCCGAUGAGAAGGAGCUCAUCAGCAGCCAGGAUCGCGUCCUGAUCCGCAGGCGGCUUUUCGCCAUGAAGCGCCAUGGUCUUCCCCCCAUCGUCACCCACAACAUGAUCAACGAUAGCGAGGACCCGAUUCUGAACCAGAUCAGACGCGUGCAGCUCUUCAACCACCCAUCAGACCGAGUCAAGAUUGUCUUCCACCCCGAGUUCCUGAACUCAGCCAACCCGGUGUUGCCUCUGGACUACGACGAGUUCGUCCGCGGAACACACAUGGGCAUCUUUGCAUCAUACUACGAGCCAUGGGGAUACACUCCUGCUGAGUGUACCGUCAUGGGUGUUCCUAGCAUCACAACCAACCUGUCUGGUUUUGGAUGCUACAUGGAAGAGCUGAUUGAGAACUCAAGCGACUAUGGUAUCUACAUCGUCGACCGACGAACAAAGGGUGUUGAUGACUCCGUCAACCAGCUUACAUCAAACAUGUUCGACUUUUGCCAAAAAAGCCGUCGUCAACGCAUCAACCAGCGCAAUCGUACCGAACGUCUGAGUGACCUGUUGGACUGGAAGAGGAUGGGAAUGGAGUACGUGAAGGCCCGUCAGUUGGCUCUGCGACGUGCCUACCCUGGCUCUUUCAGCGGCGACGAGGAGGAGGACUUCAUUCCAGGCGUCGAGCAGAAGAUCUCGCGGCCGUUCUCCGUACCUGGAUCUCCUCGUGAUCGAACGGGCAUGAUGACACCUGGUGACUUUGCAAGCUUGCAAGAAGGCAGAGAGGGAUUGAGCACUGAGGAUUAUGUUGCCUGGAAGUUGCCUGAGGAGGAAGACCCUGACGAAUACCCAUUCCCGCUCACCCUUCGUGCCAAGCGCCCCUCGGGACCGGCCAGCCCUCUCGAUGGAGUGCAACUCAACGGCAACUAA